AUGAUUAGAAGUUAUCUACAUCCAAUGAUGUUCUCUGCACUCUUUCAUCUAUUAAAAUAUCUAAACAUUGAUUCUACAUGGCUUGUUAUUAUGGCACCAAAGUUAUUACAAGGUGUUGCAGCUGCAAUUGGUGACUUUUAUCUUUACCUUUUAUCUAAAUCAUUGUUUGGAAAGGAUACUGCUAAAUGGGCUUUAACAUGUCAAUUAAUAUCAUGGUAUAUGUUUGUUUGUAUAGUUAGAACCUAUUCAAAUUCAAUUGAAACUAUAUUAUUUGUUAUUUCUUUAUAUUAUUUCCCAUUACCUUUGAAACAACAACCAAGUGAAAAGAAUUACAAGAUAUGGAAUAAUAUUCAAAUAUCGGUAGUUUUAACUACAUUUGCAUUUGUUAUUCGUCCAACAACUUGUAUCAUGUGGUUGUAUCUUGUUCCAUUAUACAUUGUCAAAAAUGUUAGAUCAGUCAAAUCAUUGUUUAAAUUUAUCAUUGUAGACUGCUUUAUACCCUUUGCACUGGCAUUUGGUAUCUCUAUUGCCAUUGAUUACAUCUACUAUGGCCAAAUAACCAUCGUUGCAUACAACUUUUUAUAUUUUAACGUUGUAAAGAAUAUUUCCUCAUUUUAUGGAACUCAUCCAUUCCAUUGGUUCUUUACUCAAGGAUUCCCAACAAUAGCAUAUACGACGCUACCAAUAUUUAUUCUAUCAUAUUAUCAAUUAUACAAAAAGGGUGAUACACAAAGACUACAUCUUGCCAAUGUAGCAUGGUUUACCAUUUUCUUUUACAGUUUACUUGCACACAAAGAAUUUAGAUUCAUCAUGCCAAUCUUACCAAUUGUUAUGAUUUACGCUGGUCAUUUUAUUUCAUCUCUACUAAAUAUAACACAAUCAACUAAAAAGGAAUCAAAGUCAACUAAAGAUGAUCAUCCAUCUACUUCUGCGUCUCAAUCAACACCUACAACUAAACCAAUUUAUAUUACAUUAAUUGGAAUAUUAUUAUUAUUAAAUAUUCCAAUGAUUGUAUUCUUUACAACGUUUCAUCAACGUAGUCCAAUCGAUAUUAUGCAUUAUAUCAAUAGUGACAUUUCUCCAUUGUAUCCAGCCAAUGGAAAUGCCAAUGUAUCGGUACAUCUCCUCAUGUCCUGUCAUGCCACACCCUUCCAAAGCUAUGUCCACAAUCCAAGAGUGAAUCUAAAGAUGUUGGAAUGUCCACCACCUAUCCAUCAACUACACGACGAUCACCAGACACAGACACAAACCCAAACACAAUCAGUAUUAUACCAAACUGAAAAGGAUAUCUUUUAUGCAGACCCACGUAAAUAUCUUACCACGAGAUACAAUCUUACGCCACCAAAACUAUCCAAAUUCCAAAAGCCAAACGAUCGUCAAACGACUACUACUGACAACAAUAACAACAAGGUCAUUAUAAUGGAGAUUCCAGAUUACUUUAUCAUCAACGAUGACUUGGUUGAUCAGUUUUUGAAUACAACUGCCAUUUCAAAAUAUUAUAAACAGAAACAAACUGUUGUAAUAACAACUAAAUAA